AUGACUCUGAAGUUCAUUAAUAAGGAAUUUAGUGAUUUGGCCCAUGAACCUCCAGCACAAAGUUCUGCAGGCCUAUUUUGGGGUGACAUGUUCUAUUGGCAAGCCACGAUUGUGGGACCUAAUGACAGCCCAUAUCAAGGUGGUGUAUUCUUUCUGACAACUCAUUUACCUACAGACCACCCCUUCAAACCACCUACGGUUGCAUUUACAACAAGAAUUUAUCAUCCAAAUAUAAACAAUAAUGGCAGCAUUUGUCUCAAUAUUCUAAGAUCACAGUGGUCUCCUGCUUUAACUAUUUGUAAAGUUCUUUCAUCCAUUUGUUCACUGCUAUGUGAUCCAAACCCAGAUGACCUGCUAGUGCCAGAGAUUGCAUGGAUCUAUAAAGCGGACAGAGGCAAGUAA